GCUGACAUCAGUGGGCUCGGUCACUUCAACUCCUCCAGUUGUCCCUCAGCAGCUGCAGGGCCCUUGGCGACGUUCCUCAGCGCGCGCAUUUUCCCGCGUCCGAGCAUCGCCACUGACCGUAGCGUUACUAAUGGCGCACUGUCCCUCUCCUGGCAGAUCUUCAUCCGCAGCACAGACUGUGAUCGGACGCUGAUGAGUGCAGAGGCCAAUCUGGCAGGCCUGUAUCCCCCAGAAGGACAGCAGAUGUUCAACCCUAACAUUUCCUGGCAGCCUAUCCCUGUGCACACAGUGCCUGAGGCCGAGGAAAAGCUACUGAAGUUUCCUUUGACCCCCUGCCCACGGUACGAACAGCUACAGAACGAAACACGGCACUCGGCAGAAUACGUAAAUAAGACCAAAGAAAACUGGCAAUUCCUGCGAAUGGUGGCGAAUGAGACUGGGAUCCGGGAUGUCUCUCUCGAGUGCGUUUGGAGUGUGUACGACACGCUGUUCUGUGAACAAGCACACAAAAUGGAUUUACCUGUGUGGGUGACACCAGAUGUCAUGAGCCACUUGAAGGAACUUAAAGACUUUGGUUUUGAAUUUCUGUUUGGGAUCCACAGUCGGGUGGAGAAAGCUCGUCUGCAAGGCGGGGUCCUGCUGGAUCACAUAAGGAAGAACCUAACCAAAGCAGCCAACCUUUCUGCCCACCAGAACCUGAAACUAAUUGCCUACUCAGCACACGAUACGACGCUUGUGGCACUGCAGAUGGCUCUAGACGUCUACAACAAGAUUCAAGCGCCGUACGCCUCCUGUCAUUUAUUUGAGCUCUACCAAGAGGACGAUGGUAACUUCUCUGUGGAGAUGUUUUUCCGGAACGAGACUGGGAAGGAACCGUUCCCACUGACAAUCCCUGGCUGUCAGCAUAAAUGCCCAUUGCAAAGAUUCUUGGAACUCACAGAUCCUGUUGUUCCCCAGGACUGGGAGCAAGAAUGCCAGGUAGCAAGCCCCACGCACGACACAGAGCUGUUUGUGGGCCUGGCCGUGUGUGGAUCCAUUCUCCUACUCCUUAUAAUCCUCCUCUUGACUGUACUCUUCCGCAUACAGUCUCAGCCCCCUGGCUACCGGCAUGUUUCCAAUGAGGGAGAAGAACAGGCCUGA